ACUCCCGCACCGGGGCUGCAGGGAAGCUGGCCACUGUGGGCGGUCUCAGGCCAGCCCCGCCCCACCUGUCCUUUUCCUGGAGACUAUUAGUCCAGGGUUUGUCCCUGCGGUGCCAUUGGCCUGGCAGGCUGGAUCGAGGAGGAAGUGGCUGAUUUCUGAGUGGUUCUUCCUCUCCUGGCUUGGGCCGCUGAGCACAGCUGUGCCCCUGGCUCAGCCCCGCCCCCUGUGGCCCUCCGCUGUGACUUCCCCAUCCCUACAGAGAGAUGCUGUCCUGUGGGUGGUUUCACCGAGACCUCAGUGGGCUGGAUGCAGAGACCCUGCUCAAGGGCCGCGGUGUCCAUGGCAGCUUCCUGGCUCGGCCCAGUCGCAAGAACCAGGGCGACUUCUCGCUCUCUGUCAGGGUGGGGGAUCAGGUGACCCAUAUUCGGAUCCAGAACUCAGGGGAUUUCUAUGACCUGUAUGGAGGGGAGAAGUUCGCGACGCUGACAGAGCUGGUGGAGUACUACACUCAGCAGCAGGGCGUCCUGCAAGACCGCGACGGCACCAUCAUCCACCUCAAGUACCCGCUGAACUGCUCCGAUCCCACCAGUGAGAGGUGGUACCAUGGCCACAUGUCUGGAGGGCAGGCAGAGACGCUGCUGCAGGCCAAGGGCGAGCCCUGGACGUUUCUUGUGCGUGAGAGCCUCAGCCAGCCCGGAGAUUUUGUGCUAUCUGUGCUUAGUGACCAGCCCAAGGCUGGCCCAGGCUCCCCGCUCAGGGUCACCCACAUCAAGGUCAUGUGUGAGGGUGGACGCUACACAGUGGGUGGUUCAGAGACCUUCGACAGCCUCACGGACCUGGUGGAGCACUUCAAGAAGACGGGGAUUGAGGAGGCCUCAGGUGCCUUUGUCUACCUGCGGCAGCCGUACUACGCCACCAGGGUGAAUGCGGCUGACAUUGAGAACCGAGUCUUGGAACUGAACAAGAAGAAGGAGUCCGAGGAUACAGCCAAGGCUGGCUUCUGGGAGGAGUUUGAGAGUUUGCAGAAGCAGGAGGUGAAGAACUUGCACCAGCGUCUGGAAGGGCAGCGGCCAGAGAACAAGGGCAAGAACCGCUAUAAGAACAUUCUGCCCUUUGACCACAGCCGAGUGAUCCUGCAGGGACGUGACAGUAACAUCCCUGGGUCCGACUAUAUCAAUGCCAACUACAUCAAGAACCAGCUGCUAGGCCCUGAUGAGAACACUAAGACCUACAUCGCCAGCCAGGGCUGUCUAGAGGCCACGGUCAACGACUUCUGGCAGAUGGCGUGGCAGGAGAACACCCGCGUCAUCGUCAUGACCACCCGAGAGGUGGAGAAAGGCCGGAACAAAUGUGUCCCAUACUGGCCCGAGGUGGGCACUCAGCGCGUUUAUGGUCCCUACUCUGUGACCAACUGCGGGGAGCAUGACACGACCGAAUACAAACUCCGCACCUUACACGUCUCCCCACUGGACAAUGGGGACCUCAUUCGGGAGAUCUGGCAUUACCAGUACCUGAGCUGGCCCGACCAUGGGGUCCCCAGUGAGCCUGGGGGUGUCCUCAGCUUCCUGGACCAGAUCAACCAGCGGCAGGAAAGUCUGCCUCACGCAGGGCCCCUCAUCGUGCACUGCAGCGCCGGCAUUGGCCGCACGGGCACCAUCAUUGUCAUCGACAUGCUCAUGGAGAACAUCUCCACCAAGGGCCUGGACUGUGACAUUGACAUCCAGAAGACCAUCCAGAUGGUGCGGGCGCAGCGCUCGGGCAUGGUGCAGACAGAGGCGCAGUACAAGUUCAUCUACGUGGCCAUCGCCCAGUUCAUUGAAACCACCAAGAAGAAGCUGGAGGUCCUGCAGUCGCAGAAGGGCCAGGAGUCGGAGUAUGGGAACAUCACCUACCCCCCAGCCAUGAAGAACGCCCAUGCCAAGGCCUCCCGCACCUCGUCCAAACACAAGGAGGAUGUGUAUGAGAACCUGCACAGUAAGAACAAGAGGGAGGAGAAAGUGAAGAAGCAGCGGUCAGCAGACAAGGAGAAGAGCAAGGGUUCCCUCAAGAGGAAGUGAGCGGCGCUGUCCUCAGGUGGCCAUGCCUCAUCCCUGAACCUGCGGAAGCCUUCCACGGUGGACAGACUCACAACCUGAACCUAGGAGCGCCCCAUUCUAUUGUAAUUUAAAUGGCUGCAUGCCCCCCACCUCUCCCUGACCCUGUAUAUAGCCCAGCCAGGCCCCAGGCAGGGCCAACCCUUCUCCUCUUGUAAAUAAAGCCCUGGGAUCACUGUG